AUGUGGUUUAGCAGGACAAUGCUGAUGUUAACAGUAAUGAGAUGGAAGAAGAUGUAAAGGUACUGAUGAAGGUAGAUUCUACAGUACAAGAGUCAUUGCUGUCUGAAGUGAUUCCUGAUCCUAUGGAAGGAGAACAGACAUGGCCAACUGAGGAGGAGCUGAAGGAAGCAGAAGGUCAGUCUCUCCUGUUCCAGUGACUGUUUGUCUUUGACGUAUAUAAAAUAAUUAACAGUAUCACCUACUGGGUUACUUACUAGAACCUGAAUUAACUGUGGAUUGGACGGCAAAUUGCAACAAUAACUGAUGUAAAAAUAAAAUAUACAUCUCUGCUAUAACCACAGCCUGGCUGUUUUAGUCUGAGUUUAGUGAAUGGCCCUGUAAGAUCAGAUAUUUAGAGGUGAGAUGCCAAAUAAUGAUCAAAAUAUAGCACCGUUUUAGGAUUCAUGAUUGCAAUUUCAUUAACCUGCACUAUAUGGAUAUAAUAAAGAUAUCUCCCAAGUAUAUCUGAAAAUCUGAUCUUUUCACAGAAAGAUAUUGAUAUUGGUAAACUCAGUUUGGUUCCCCUCCCCCUCUGUAGAUUCUUUAAAGGCGAACACAAAGAUUGUAAAGAAAGUUCCAAAAGGGACAUCCGCAUACCAAGCUGCAUGGAUCCUGGAUGAUGAGGAAGACCAUGGAGACGAUGAAAGUGAAGAUUAUGAUGAUGAUGAUGACAUGGAAGGAGAACAGGCAGAUGCUAUUGAUGAAGAUUUAUCUGAGGUAUUGAAGCCAUUAUUGUAUUAACAUCUCUGCGUUGGUUUGUGAACCACAGGAAAAAAACAAACAGAUCUACACGUGCUGUUAAUGUUACUAGUGCCAGCACUACAUACUGACUGGUCAUAUGGAGUUUAGAAGACUCUGUAUGACCAAGAGGAACUGACAGAAGAAGCCUAUGAGAACUUUGUGUUUGAGAUAAAAUAUCUGAAAAUAGUCCCUGUGUAUUUUUGAUAGGAUGAAGAUGGAAGUAGUAACGAAGAGCCAGAGGAAAGUGAAACACUAACUAUCCCAGACAGUACGCGGGAUGAUAAAUAUGAUGAGAACCUUGAUGAAGAAGAAGAAAAGCAGAUGCUGGAAAGAUACAAGCUGGAACGCCAAGAUGAGUUGUUUCCUGAUGAAGUGGACACACCCCGCAACCAGCUAGCUAGAAUCCGGUAAGAAGUGAUUUUUAGGAUUCACAGAACUGUAGAAGGGUGUUUUUGUUUGUUUUUUGUAACAGUAUGUAUUGAGGUUUUAUUUAUGUAUGUAUAUUAUCUUGUCAGGGAACUUUGCAAAAUUCACAAAGAUCCUCCAUCGGGCAAAACCUCUUCAGCACCAGGAGCCAACAUCACUGCUGUACUCUUGUCCAUGCACAAACGUACAGCAUUGAGGUCGAUGGCGGAUCCUGUGAUCCCUGCAGCCUUCACUGGUGGGUGGGAGGUGAUACUGCCGUUUUAAGGUGUACGACCAUAAAUAUCAAACAUUGAACUUCAUUAGCCACCAAAUUGCCAGUCAGUCUUAGAUGUUCACCAGCAACAGCAGUGUCAUAGCUUGUGCCCAGCAACUAAAAUUUACAAACUUUACCUACAUCCCUAUAUCUAACCAACAAGGCAGAUUAACUCCUUCAUUGCCACCAUACAUAAUAACCCAGAGUUUAGUGCUUGUGGCUUUUAUAUAUAAAUUAUUUAAUCAAUUUGUCUGAUUUUAUUGCACACAAGUAGAAUCUAAAGGGAAACUAAGUCCAGCGCUGAUGUCCCUCGAUCUCCGCUCCUCCCCCGCCAAAGUCAGCUGUUAGGGGAGACAUAAUGUGCAUGCGCGGCAAUGGCUGCAUUUGUGGGCCUACAGCUGUUACAAUUUUCCCAAUUUUCAUUGCUGUUAGAAGCCGCAGAUAGAAAAGACACAGGGAUAUGGAUCUAAAGAACCAAGUUGUGGUGAUUUGGAGCGUACAUUUAUAGAACAGAUACCUUAUCAUUCUGACUUUGUGUCCCUCUUCUUGCUGGAUAUAUUAUUAGGUGGCCUUUUACUGUUGGAUCAAGUUGAUUGAAAAACCUGUUUUCAUGUACACUGCUUUUGUUUAGCUGUCCUUGUAAUUUGCAAUACUUUGAAAGACUAUAAAUCUCUAAAAAUGAAUCAAGUUAUCAUCUCUAUAAAAAAAAGUAUGUAAGACUGUGAUGGUUUUGACUCCCCUCUCACCUUGUAAUUCCCAAUUUAUUUGUUCAUUGUAGGUUUCAGAAAUAUCGCGGCUUGAAAAGUUUUCGCACAUCACCAUGGGAUUCCAAAGAGAACCUUCCUAGAGACUAUGCGCGUAUCUUCCAGUUCCAUGAUUUCUUCAGGACCAGGAAGCGGGUCUUCAGAGAUUUGGAGGACGAGAAUGAGGGGGCCAUGGUAAUUGCACUCUGCAGCAGUCGCAGCUAAGUCUUGACGCACCAAUAAAAACUUUAUAGGAAAGCACAUCCAUUAUAUCUAGCUUGCAAAAGAUUGGCCAUCACUGCUGUAAAGUAUUUAUAUCUACCAAUAUCCCCCUUUAUAAAUAAAAUGAGACCAGUAUGUCUGCCUACUGCUUAUUACAAUAAUAUGAACUUUGAUAAUAUGCAGAUUAGCUAACAGAUUUUGCUUAUCUUCAGGUUGGUUGGUAUGUCACAGUACAUAUCAGCGGGGUUCCUGUGUCCGUUAUGGAGCAAUUCGCACAAGGAGGACCCCUCGUCCUAUGUUCACUUCUUCCCCACGAACAAAAGGCAAGUAUAUUUGGUACAAUUUAUAUUUGAUUCAUGAAGCAAUAUCUACAUUUUAGAUGGCUUCCAAAUGUACCUGUUAUAUUCAUAUUUUGUUUUUUUAUUAAAUUUUGACGAGUAGAGAAUACUCAAUAGAAGAGUAGAUUCCAGUCUAUAAGUAAGCGGUAUAGGCAGAUAAUUGGCAACCAAACAUAAGCAGAGUUACUCAUAUACAGUUUUUUAUUCAAAUUUAGGAAAAAACAUAAAUAUAAUAUAAUAAACGAGUAGAACUCCCUCCUUCUCUUGAAUGAUCUAAAAGACUAACAUCCUGACACACACGGCAUAAACAAAAAAAAAAAUCUAAAGAAAAGUCCAAAGCUUUAAAUACAAGUACACAAACACUAAGACAAACAUGUACUUUUUACGUUCUUGGCUGUUCUGUUAAUAUUUUUAUACAUUUAUAGUGCCUAGACUACACCCCUCUCCUCGGUGACAAAGCUUUUCUUAUAAGUACCUAUAACAUGUUGAGAAGCCACAGCCCACUUAUAUUGUGCGAGUUAUGUUCAGUCCUUUGCAGGAGCUCUGCUCUGAGCCAGGUAGUGAGUGGUGCUGAAUCAGGGCACACUUUACACUUGCAUUGUGAAGGCAUUUCACUCAUUGGGAUGAAUAGGUCUAUUCUACAAGCACCUGCUGGCACUCAGAGUUCAGGUUAUGAAGCAAUCUGUAUUUUGUGUAUCGUAAAAAAUGUAAUUGUUUUAAAAAUUCUUCUUUUUAUUUAUUUUUUUAGAUGUCUGUCAUUAAUAUGGUGGGAAGAAGAUACCAGGGCAACAGUGAACCCAUCAAAGCUAAAGAAGAGCUGAUAUUCCAUUGUGGAUUUAGGCGAUUCCGGGCAUCCCCUCUAUUCUCCCAGCAUACAUCUGGUAUGAAAAAAAUCAUAGCAAUAUACAGGAAAACAACUGUAUUUAUUUUCUGCUAUGCAAUGGUAUAUUGUGUCAUGUGGCAAGACUUAUCGUACAGUACAGAGUAAUCAUGCACAUUUCUUAUUACUGUUUGCGCAAUACUUCUUGUCUUUCAUGUAACUGGACUAAUGGAAAUUUGGCAAGUGUUAUGUGAUUAAACCACAUUUCUAUGAUGUAGCUAACCUCUCCUGUGUAGCAUGAUUCUGAAUUAGGCACUAAUAAUACUUUUUAAUUCAUGAUUUGAUGACUUCCCUCUUUCUUUCUCCAGCUGAUAAACACAAAUCUGAACGUUUCAUGCGGUCGGAUACAUCUGUGGUAGUCACUGUUUAUGCUCCAAUUAUAUUCCCACCAGCAUCAGUGCUUAUGUUUAAGCAGAGAAAUAAUGGUAAGUAUGGGACAAGUGCAUGUGGCUGGGAGAUAUUUCAUGGAAGUUUCCUAGCAUUACCUUUUUAAUGGAUUUUUUUUUCUUCUUCUGUUAGGAAUGCAUGAUCUGGUGGCCACAGGUUCUGUUUUAAGUGUUGAUCCAGAUAGAAUUAUUAUCAAGAGAAUUGUAUUGAGCGGCCAUCCAUUUAAAAUCUUGACAAGAACAGCUGUGGUGCGGUACAUGUUCUUUAAUAGAGGUAUGUGUCUUCCUAUUUAUGCCACAACUACAAUGUUAUAUACGGGUGAAUUCCUCCAGCUGAAUGCAUGUAGGUUAGAUUUUACUUUCAAUGCUGUAUGCGGGUUACUCUGUCAGUGGUGUUUCCAAACCAGUCUUUAAGGCACGCUUACCAGUCCAGGAUUUAGGGAUUACCCAGUUGACUAAGGCGUUUUUAGAAAGAAAGAAAAAAAACGCCUUGACUCAACUGGGUACUCUGUAAAUACUGGACAGCUCGGUGUGCCUUGAGGACUGGUUUGGAAAUCACUGCUCUACGCCCUAUAGCCAUUUUCUGCUUGGAAUGCUGCCAACACAGAUGUCAUUUUUCUGCCACGGUAUAACUCUGCGUCUAGCAGCUGUCAGGCAGCCUAGAGCAAGAGUUCCAAAUUGCCUAUGUCAAUAUUCUGCUUAUUUUGUGUUUAUCUUCAGCACACACACACGCCAUGAUGACAGUUAAUGCACAGCAUUUUCACUGGCAGGGAGUGCGCUGUGAAUGCUCCUAUAAAUUAACUCUCCCACGCAAAGAAGCCCCUCCCCCAAUCUGACCAGCAUCCGGAAGUCCCCCUCUCUCAUGGAUGGAGCCUAGCCCCGUGAGAGCUUAUUUACUGGCUUGUAACAAUCCAGUGCUUCUCUGUGAUAAGUAAUGAUUUGAAUUAUUGAGCCACCAGCUGUCCAAUCAAAUGCUUUUUAAUGUGACACUACCUAGAAUGAUGACAAGAGUUUGAACUGAGUAGAAAAGGGUGGGCAUCUGCAUUAAAGGACCACUAUAGUGCCAGGAAAACAUACUUGCCCCCACCCUCAGGGUCCCACUCCCGGGGCGCUGAAGGGGGAGGAAGGGGUUAAUCCCUUACCUUUUUUCCAGCGCCGGGCUCCCUCGUUUCAGUUUCAUUGAGCUAAAGUGGUCUGGGUGCCUAUAGUGGUCCUUUAACUGCAAAAAAAACUCACCAAAACAGUUCUGCCAUUAACAUCACCCAAUAAUUUUGGUCUUUAUGGAAGAAAAACGUAUUUUUUAUAUUACCUAAAAAUAUGCAUUUACUAACCUAGCGUUUUCUUUUACUAUAUGUCAUGGUUGUUAAAGGGCAACCAGGAAGUGACUAAAAAGUAAUGUAUAUUUCUGUCUUUUCAAAAGACGUUUGAUUUAAUUAUGACUACUACUGAAAAAGUUAUAUUAUUUAAAACCUGAACUUGCCUGGUUACAUGAAUCUGACAUCCACAGAUUAUACUGUAUAGAUGACAAGUUUACUUUCCGGUAGGUAGGAUUUUUUUCCCCUGUAUAUAUUAUAGUUGCAAAAUACCCAACUAAUGUAUGGCUUAGAUGGAUUUGGGAAACAUUCACAUUUUGUGAGUUGUUAUGGCGUUUGAGCUGUAGUAUUCCACUUGCUGCUAGCAGAAUGGAUAAGUGAAGUGUUCUUUCCUGUACAAAAACAGUCAUGUUUGUAAUCACAUAUACACUUUAAGUGGAGUGUGUAUAUUUGUUUAGUCUUAAAAGCUAUUUUCACUGAUCGGUUUGUUUUACUGCAGCUGUUUGAUUCUUAUUUUAGGUCUAAAUACAUAAAUGUAUAAAACACAAAUAUCAAACUAUAUUAGCUUUAGCUGAUAAAUUGUGAUCAUUCUGUGUUUCGGUUCAUUGUCACUAAACAUGAUACAUUAUUUUUGCAGAGGAUAUCCUAUGGUUUAAACCAGUGGAACUGCGUACCAAAUGGGGUCGGAGGGGGCAUAUCAAAGAACCUCUCGGUAAGUAGCAUAAAUGCUUCCGUGUUUUGAAAUGUAUAGAAUAAUGUUAAAACUUUUCAAAGUCGGAUAUGAUCUACCUGUGUCGCCUUUGGAGAUGUAAGCAAUAAAAAGCUGUUCUUGCUUCCUUCAGGAACACACGGCCAUAUGAAAUGCCUUUUUGAUGGGCAGCUAAAAUCACAGGACACAGUGUUAAUGAACCUGUACAAACGUGUGUACCCCAAGUGGAAUUAUGAUCCAUAUGUUGCUCCACCAGUGACCUGGGUAAAGAACGAGAACACAAUUGAACCUUCUGAGGUGGAAAUGGACUAAUCUACUGAUUGAAUACAUGCUAUAAAAAGACUUCUCUGUGCCUUGAAUGAGUUCCAUGUCUGAAAUUUGUAUUUAUUUGAAAAGUUGAGAGUGACAUGUGAAUUAUAAAAUAUAGAAACAAAUGGAACUGCCUUAUUUGAUUUGCUUGUAGAUCAGAAAAAUAACUUCUUUAUAUUCGUGAAUUUCGGAGAAAACACAUAACAGGUCAUCUUCUAUUUUCCAUUUCCUGAGGCUUCAGCAUGCCGAUAGUGAUACUCUAACAUUGUUUUAUCUUGAUUUACUAGAGUUCCUGCCUCACCCUUUACUGCUAAACCUGCUUCCAUACCCAGUCUGCACUCCCCAGGUCUAGGUUUCCUCCACACAGCACCACACAUAUGUUUUUCAGAUCACUUGCAGCUUCUUGGAAUCUACUAGAGAGAACCGUAGCCAAACCCAAUCCCGCAGUGGGUUCAAUCAACAGCUUCAUUCUUUCCCAUACCAAGAGUGUGGCAGCCUGUAUGGUGGACAGAGAGUUCAGGAAACUGGUAUUUUUAAAACCAAAACAUUGAAAAAUAAAACAGUCAAUAUCCAACUACUACACCAUUAAAUACCUAGAAUACUGCAGGUUGCUAGGGUUUAUUCACUAACUGAUUGAAGUUAAGUUGUAGGUGAAAAUACCCAAGUACUAAAGUGGAUAAAGAAGAUCUCAAACCCUACCGGUAUGGAGGUAUAAUUAUGACUUGGUGCUAGAAUUAAAAAAAAAAAUACAAAACUGGUGAUCCAAAGGUUUUUUUCAUUACAUUCACACUAUUUGUUAUUAAAGAUUUACGACUGUUUGUUACCUUAAUCUCUUCUUCAGUGACUACAAACACAUCAUCCACCAAGUCUCGGAUAACUGGCCAUGUGUUAGGGCCGAUGCUAGUUUUCACACUGUCUGCUAUGGUGUUUGGAGGGCUGAGGUUAGGAGUCAGAGUUCCGUUCAUUUUUGAGCGAUAGCAGUCAUCUGCAUUAAGAGGUUCUGCUGCAAAUAUCUUCACUUUUGGUUUGAUUGCCUGUAAAAAGUACCAGUGAGCAGAAUAUGCAAAGGAAUAUACUGGAUAAAAAAUAAGAUUUUGGAGAAAAGCUUUAGGAAGUUUAGG